GCAGGGAAGUGAGGGAGGAAUUGGGAUCCCAUUACCUGGCGGGAAGGAACCUCCAACCCAAAUAAUACCCUUCUUCUUCUUCUCAGUUAGUGUCAUGGAUUUCCUCUUCCUUGGAUUAAGGUUUCCUUGCUAGGGUUUUGUCCUUUUUCUUUUUUCUCUUUCCGGGAAGGAUAAGGAUGGGUGAGAAUGGGGACGUGGUGUAUGGAUCUGGGUUUGAUUUUGACCAGCCUGAUGUGUCGCCGGCGAUUGGGACUGGGAAGAAGAAGUUCCCUAAAAGAUCGAGCCUUGAUGAAGAGGAUUUCAUCAAUUUGUUGCAUGGCUCCGAUCCUGUCAAGAUUGAGCUCAAUCGCCUCCAAAAUGAACUAAAAGAAAAGGAUCGUGAAUUAUCAGAAGCUCAUAGUGAAAUCAAAGCUUUAAAGCUAACUGAGAGAGCAAAAGAUAAGGCCCUUGAUGAGGUUUCUGAGGAGCUUGAGAAGAUGGUGGAGAAGUUUCAGGCAUCAGAGGAUGCUCUUGAGAACAAGAACCUAGAAAUAAAGAAAAUCAUUGAUGAAAAGAAAGAGGCUUUGGCAGCACAAUUUGCCGCUGAGGCUACUCUCAGAAGAGUACAUGCUGCUCAGAAAGAUGAGGAGCUACCAAGUUUGGAAGCCAUACUUUACCCACUUGAAGCAGAGAUUAAACUCCUCAAGCUAGAGCACACAAAGCUUCAGGAUGACAAUAGAGCCUUGGAGAGGUUGACAAAGACCAAGGAAGCAGCUUUGCUGGAGGCAGAAAGAGAAGUCCAAUUUGCGAAGAUUAAGGCUGCACUUGUUGAUGACCUCCAAAAUAAGAAUCAGGAACUCAUGAAACAGAAUGAUAUUUGUCAGGAAGAGUACAAAAUAUUAGAUAGGAUGCAUCGCCUUAAGGUAUCUGAGGUUGAGAAGCUGACCCAAACUGUGCAUGAGUUAGAGGAGGCUCUUCUUUCAGGAGCUGCUGCUGCAAAUGCAGUGCGUGAUUAUCAGCGCCAAGUUAGUGAGUUAAAGGGAGAGAAAAGAACUCUUGAGAGGACAUUGUCUCGGGCAAAGGUUACAGAAAAUCGAGUUGCAGUUGUGAUUGCAAACGAGUGGAAAGAUGCCAAUGACAAAGUUAUGCCAGUAAAACAGUGGCUUGAAGAACGGCGGUUACUGAUGGGUGAAAUGCAGCAACUUCGUGAAAAACUCUCUAUAGUAGAGCGCGCUGCCAAAACGGAGGCUCAGCUAAAAGAGAGGUUUCAGCUACGGUUGAAGGUUCUUGAAGACUGUUUGAAGACCUCUUCCCGCUCAGGAAUGCGGAGCAUUGCUAAUGGAUUGUCUCGGAGCCGUUCUGUAAAUGGUGCUGAGUAUUCUUCAAGUCCUGCAAAUGUGCUGGUCACACGGAAACCAUUAGACCCUGUUCAAAGAUCAUCAAUGUUGCCUAGUCCAUCCAGUGUGAUGUUGAAACAUGCCAAAGGAGCAUCUAGAUCUUUUGAUGGAGGCAGAACAUCAUCAGAUGAAAAUCAAUGCAGAGCAAAGUCAUUUGGAGAUGAUUGCAGCGGUGAUCCUUUGAAAGAUGAUAAGGUGGGGUUAUCAAUAAAUGAUGGCUCAAUUGAAUCAGUUGAAGAGACUCUCAUUGACGGCAAGCCACGGGAUCAUGUAGAAACUGCUAGCGAUGAGUCAGUAUCGGGGGUAUUUUACGAUAUACUUCAGAAGGAGGUUAUUGCUUUGAGAAAAGCAUGCCAUGAGAGGGAGCAAAACUUAAAAGACAAGGAUAGCUCUAUAGAGAUGCUAUCAAGGAAAAUUGAUACUCUGACCAGAUCAAUGGAGGUAGAGACCAAGAAACUACGACGGGAAAAAGCUGCUGUCGAGAAGGAGGUAGCAACAAUGCGGGUCGAGAAAGAGCAUGAACAGAAAGCUAGACGUCUGAAGGGAAUGGUCAACAUACUUCACAAUUGAGAGUAAACUGAACAUGGGCUUAAUGAGGACUCCCCCAUAUAAACCCUUUGUUCCUGCAAACUUUCUGACAUUAACCUUGAGACUGUUCCAAGAAUUCAUCAAAAGAGUUUUCUGCAAGUGUUUUUGGUGUGUAGUUUGAUGCAACAUGAAGGGAAUGAGAUGCUGCUCUGUGACAUUGAGAUGUCAUCUGUGCGCUGUACAUGUAUGUCUCAUGCAUGAUAUCUGAUUGCACAUAGAAGUUGGUUUGCUGAACUUGGAAGAGGUUUUAAGAAGAUCUUUAAAUAAAUAUGUAAUAUAUCAAGAGAAAGUGCAUCAAUGCAUUUGAUGAGUGAGUGAUUUUACAUUCAACUACUAACCACGUUUCUAUGGCAAUACAAGUUUAAAAGGAUCA